UGAAACGUCCCAUUUCUGUUCUUCUUUUUCCGGUGAAUUUUGUAACCCGCCAAAUUUUCCAGCGCGACGGCGUUACGGAGAGGAAGACGGAGAUGACUGCGCUACCGUACGGCGACGUGGAUUCCCAUCUGAAAGCAAUGGCCGGUAAGGCCGAGGGCUUCGGCCGGUUCGCCAUCGGAGGCCUCCACGGCCCCGUCUAUUCCGUCACCACAUUGGCAGAUGAUGGUCCAGGCUCACUUCGUGAAGGAUGCCGGAAACAAGAACCACUCUGGAUUCUCUUUGAGGUUUCAGGCACCAUUCAUCUCUCUUCUUAUUUGAGCGUUUCAUCUUACAAGACAAUUGAUGGCCGGGGGCGAAGAGUAAAGCUCACAGGCAAGGGCCUUAGACUGAAGGAAUGUGAACACAUAAUCAUAUGCAACCUUGAGUUUGAAGGUGGUAGAGGACAUGAUGUAGAUGGCAUUCAGAUAAAACCAAAUUCCAGGCAUAUAUGGAUUGACCGAUGCAGCCUUCGUGAUUAUGAUGAUGGUCUCAUAGAUAUCACCCGACAAAGUACAGACAUAACUAUUUCUAGAUGUUACUUCCAGCAACAUGACAAGACGAUGCUUAUUGGAGCUGAUCCUUCACAUGUUGGUGACAGAUGCAUUCGGGUCACAAUUCAUCAUUGUUUUUUUGACGGGACAAGACAAAGGCAACCUCGUGUUAGAUUUGGGAAAGUUCAUCUUUACAACAAUUACACUCGUAACUGGGGUAUAUAUGCUGUUUGUGCCAGCGUAGAAUCCCAGAUAUACUCUCAAUGCAACAUAUAUGAAGCAGGAACGAAGAAGAAGACUUUUGAAUAUUAUACUGAGAAGGCUGCAGAUAGAGAAGAGGCGAAAUCUGGCUUCAUACGAUCUGAGGGGGAUGUAUUCCUGAAUGGAGCUCAACCAUGCACAUUAACAGGGUUCAGUGAAGACUGCAUGUUCCAUCCAAGUGAAUUUUAUCCAGUUUGGACUAUGGAAGCAGCCUCAGAUUCUCUUAAAGGUGUUCUCCACAUUCUUACGGGUUGGCAACCCAUUCAAAGGCCGCCAUUAGAGCAGCCGAUAAUGGUAUAGCUUUUUCGAUAAUUUGUAUAACAUGAUUUUUGUAGGUCCUUUAAUGGAAGGCUCUGCUUUCUUUUAAACUAAGUUAAGGUACACCUCUGAAGUUUUCUAUCCCCUGUAAUAUUCAAAUUGUGUCGAUUUUGCCUCAAGACUGCUGAAAUCUAUCAUAUUUAUCAU